GACGCAUGGUCUGUAGCUGCAGCCAUGAUAAUGAAGAGCCACGCGUUUCUCAGAAUGCUGUGUUGAUUGCAUUCCGUGCACAAAUGUAAGAGAGCCCAGCAAGUAUAAAUGUGGUGGACUAGUACUUUGCGUGUCCCGCUUGCUUUGCAGGCAGGCGUAAGUCUUUCCCUGGCCGCCAUGGCUGCGGCAGCGGCUUCGCCUGCGUCGUCGAAAGAUGCAGACGUCGCGGACACUGCUCCCGCUUGUGCUAUCUGUUUGUCCCCACUAUUCAGGAGCUCCCUUGACUCGGAGUCGGAGGACGAAGAUGAUGGCGUGCCUGCUCUGAUUCUGCCGCCGAGAGAAGACCGCUGUGGAUCUGCGGGACCUGCUGCGUAUGAUGAUCCAACGCAAGGUGACUUGGUCCCUUACGAUGGGACGAUGAGUCUGACAAUCGCCGAUUUAGCUGGCGUGCGGCAAGAAAUGGGUCGAAGUCGAAGUAGAGGCCGCGACGCUGUGACUGCAACAACUCAAUGGAGGGAAGAACGACCAGGAAGCAGGCCUUCACAUCCAGACCGCGUUCAGCGCAAUUAUAGUCGAAGCACUUUAAUGUUGCCGCAAGUGGAAAACGAAGCUGUUGACGUGACGAGACCUGGUUUUACUUACGAAAAUGCAGCCGCAACGGCGCCGGCGCCGCUGUCCGUGUCGGCAUCCACCCCCGUGGUGACAUCAACUACAUCAUCUGUGGACACUACGACAGCAGUUCGCGAUAGUACACGUGCGCAGCGGGAUUUCACGGGGUCCCCCGGAUGGCUUGAGAGGCGGGGACACGUGCCUUGGCGAAGCAAUUCCCGCAAUGAAAUCGACGAGCAGCAGCAACAGGACGGAGGCACAAGAACGGAUGCGCCAGCACGACUUCUGAGCGUCUCAGGAGUAUCUCGCGAAGCAAUGGAGACCGCGAAUCCUUCUGCUCUGUCUGGUGCAACCGCGACCACCUCCACCAGCAGCAUGACCAUCGGUGGCAGAAGUGCGAAUCGCAAUCCACGUGAGGGCACGACCCGCACUACUUCUACUGCAGGAGGUGUUUUAGAGCGAUCUGGUUCUGGGGAAGCCCAUGUAGAACAGGAAGUAGGCGUAGCCGUACAAUCCAGGCCUGCUGUAAUCAUGCCCAGCUCUGCUUCUGUGGGGGUGUACACGACAUACAGAGCCACAGCGCCACGUGAGAAUACGUUGGACAGUUUCAAUGACAGCGAUCUGAUGACGAUCCCGUCGUCUUCCUCCGAACAGGGGGGCGCUCCGGAGGAGGACGGAUUCUCCGAGUCCGACGCGUAUUUGUCACCAAGGAUGCUCGUCCUGCGCGAAGUGUGGCUCGGAUCACCGUACCAUUCGGACUCGAAGAUGCUCGGCCGUGGAAUGGGUAUUGAGGGCGGCACCGUUUGCCGGGCCGGGCAGCUGUAUUCCGCUGGUGCAAAACCGCCACGCUGCAACUGCGUCACCUGUCGGCACGAGCAGAACGCACAGCUUCGCAAGAAGAUGCUGCUGUGCACUCGUGCAGCCGCUGAAAGAGAAAAUCAGACUCAGACAGCAGGUUCCGAUCUUCGUGGUCAACAUGUUAGUUCCGAUGCAGGUGGAGGUGUGGGCCAUACGGCAGAGGCUUCAGAAGCGUUACCAGAGCUAGAAAAUGAUGGUUUGGAACUACCAGCAUCAGAAAUCCUCGUUCCUCCACCGCUUCCUGAGCACCUGCGUGAAGUGCAACCACAGGUGCAAGAGAUACCGUCUUCGAGAACUGCGCGACCUGGCUCUGUGUUCUGCUCCGCGGGGAGGGGAGGGGGGGCAAGUGCAGUCGCACGAACUUCUAAUGCUCAGGGUGAAGACCGACACGAGGACGACAUCGACAACCGAGUAGAGCCAGCAGCAGUACUUUCUCCGCGAAGUGGUGGUCCUACGACACUCAGGCUCACACAGGGCGGUAGUGCAUCCAACGACUUUCCUGUUGCGCCGGUGCAACGUCCCUUUCCACCGGUUGCUGAUUUACCGCCGGUAGCCCCGUCGCCUCCCCAUCCUGAAGCACGCUCCUCAAUCCCGGUGGGGAGCGAUAACAGGCCGCGGCUGCACUUUCCGGAUGUUGUUAAUUCCGAUGAAGCUCUUAGUGCAAUUCAUUCGACGUGCAACAGCUGUAGUAUUGACAACGUUGCUUGCUCCGGCGCAAAAGUAGAAGGUGAAGCAGAGUUGUACUAUCGCAAACUCCCAGCUGCAGUUCUUCAACAACUUCCGGGCGCGUAUGACUUUGUACGGCGCGAGCGCGUCCGCAAGCUUCCGUGCCACCAUUUUUACCACAAAGACUGCCUUGCGCCGCACGUAGUAGGGGAGUACAUGAAGGAGGUAGCAAGAGUCGAGUCGUGGAGCCCGGACGCGCGCCAGCGCCACAAAAUCGAUCGAUUUUGGUACCGCUGCCCGCUUUGCCGGGUAGGCCAUUGGGUCAACGUGGAGUACUUGGCGUUUGACAACGACACAGAGUUCCUCCAAUAUGUCGGUCGGGUGGAAGCUUGGGAAAAGGAACUUGCGCAAGAAGCGGACCAGGCGCGGCGGGAGCAUGACGAGCUGAAAAAGCAGGCUUUGCGCCAGCCUGUUUUGGGAGAUGAAGCCGACGUGGAACUAGAAGGGAGAAGACUGGCGAUGUUGUCAACUGCCGAGCAACAGGAAAAGAAUGAUGAAAGCAGCACCCUUGGGGGCUCUCGCUCUUCUGCAGCAGCUGGGGGAGCGGCAGCGGCCGAAUCCUGCCUCAGUGCUCCACCACCAGUAGGACAAAACAGCCUGCCAAUGUCGUCCGCCUCCGAUCGGAGCGAUGUUCUUCGGGCGAGAUGUCGUUUCUUUUCUCCUUCCUCCACUUCUGCAAGCAGAUCGUCCACUUUGGUGGGGGCCGCAGCGUCCGCACUUUUUGGAGCCACGACUUCGUGGUACAGCCGGGCACGCAGGGGUCACCACCAGACGAGUAGCUCCUUGACAGUUGGACGAACAGGCAUAACUUUGCCUGCAGUGGAGCACCCGUCGAAUGAGCGCGAGCGUGUGCUGCGUCGCAGCAUAGACCGGAGAACAUCGUCGUCCUCCGCUUCCUCGUUAGCCACGGGAACAACCUCGUCUACCGGCACCCCGGAUGAAACGGCCCAGAGCCCGGCUGAGGUGAGCAGAACGCCGUCCAGUUCGCCGGUUCUGCGCAGCCUGAGACACCGGAUGAAACGGCGUUUCUCGAGAACUAGAAUGCACCCAGAGGCUGCGACGAAUUAUUCGUCGGACGAAAAUAGUAGAGUGGAAGAGAGUUAUGCGGAAAAAGUAAUGCCCCCGGAAGUGGACGCAAUACCGUACAAGAUGCCCCACGCGCGGACGCUAUACUUGAACCGAUGGCCCGAGGAAGCCCCUUCGCGGGACCUGGUCCGCGGAUUCCCUGCAUCUCCAAAUUCAGAAUCUUCUUCAUCGCCCAACCGCCCCGCGCCAUCAACAGCGCGCUCGCUUCUGGGCCUAGCCGGCUUUGUUCCCAGUCCGGCAAGCCACCAAAGCCGGCGUCGCGACCCCAUAGCAGGGGUUGCUGGGAUGCUGGGCAACGGGUCUCCUAUUGCACAACACCGGCCUGCUGUAGGCAGCCCACCCCGGACGGGGAUGGGAACACGAGAACGUCGAGUGUCUCCUGGAAUGCCGAGCGCAUACGCAAAUACCAACACUAGAAGGUUUCCGCCUUACAUUCAAUCCCUAUAAUUGAUGUACAAAGAUGAAUUUUUUUUCUUCAUCUUCAAGUUUGCAAGAUACAGUAAAAGAGAAAAUCACCGGUAGUAAUCUUGUCAAUUCGUAGGGAGGAAGCCUAUCCCCAUAACAGCGUCUUUUAUGUUUAUUUCGGAAAGAAAAUUACAAACAGUGCUACCUCGAGCCUGGCUUAAAACAGAGUUUUUCCAUUUCAUUGCGCUUUAUGAGUUGCACUCUACCGCUUGAUUUGGAAAGGCUUUGCGGUCAAGCAGCAGGUGCAAUGCUUUGGAUUGGGUUUAUCGAUAUAUUUUGUUUGACUCUAAGUAAUUUUUUCGCCUCUCCCUAUGGAAACUACAGUAGAAUAAAAAUAGCAGCUGUAAAGGUUCCUCCUCCGUCCUAGAACAGAAGCAUAUACAUCGGUAUGUUUAUGAUUAUGCAUAUGCUACACGAUCUUUGUUCGGAGAGAGAGUGAUUCGCUUGGUUGACAAAAUGCAACGGCAGAUUGAAAGUUCUCUAAUGUUCUUCAGGCUUUCGCCAAAUCCCGUCAUCACAGAAGAACAGGAUACAAACUGACUGCAGCUGAAUACAGAGGACGUAAGUAAACAUACUCACUGCAUUGACCACCUCCGAGGAACGGAGCGGG